AUGUGCGUCACCACAAGAAAUCAGGUUUCUCAGAUCAAACGCAAUGUCACUGAUGAUGUUGUUGUAAGGUGUGAGUCAAUGAAACGGCCUGGCAUGAAAAAUGUCCAAAUAAUAGACUUUAUCGCAUUAGAAUUAGGGGGACACGACAAGCUCCCUUUCCUUGAAAAUGACAUCCAUAAUAAGCUAAUGCGAGUGCGCAAGGCAAAGGACCAACAUCAAAACAUCAUGGACUCGGAUGGCAUGAUUGGUUACAUUAGAUGCUUAGCGAGGAACCAUGGCGGGGACUUUUACUACAUCUACAAUGUCGAUGAAGAAAACAGAUUGUGUAACAUAGUGUGGUCGGACGGGGUUUCGAGGAGAGAUUACGCGGUCUUUGGCAAUGUCUUGGCCUUCGACACAACCUACAGGACUAACAAAUACCACAAGCCUUUGCUUUUGCUAGUUGGGGUAAACAACCACUGGAGGACAACAGUGUUUGGCAUUGCUCUCCUUGUCGACGAAACAGUUGAUACGUUUGUCUGGUUUCUACAGAUGUUUCUUCAAGGAAUGAAUAAUAGGAAGCCAAAAGUUAUCGUUACUGACGGUGACAAUGCCAUGAAGAAUGGCAUAGCGCAAAUCUUUUCAGAAUCUAAGCACAGGCUAUGCGGAUGGCAUCUAAUGGAGAACGUAGCGAACAAUGUGAAGGAUAUAAACUUCAAGCGGGACUUUAAGGAAAUUAUGUACGGAUACUACUUCGAACCUGAGUUUCUCGAUAGGUGGCAUUCUUUGAUUCUGGCAUACGAACUGGAGAACAAUUACUGGGCAACAUGUAUGUUUGAAAAAAAGGAGAGUUGGGUCGAAACUUAUUUACGUGGCAAUUUCUGUGUAGGCAUGCGAACCACUCAACGUAGCGAGUCGAUGAAUAGAACAAUCAGACAAUUGCUCGACAGUACGAAGUCUCUCACGGACUUUAUAUCUUUGGUUGACCACGCCAUUAACAAGCUGCGUCGUAAAGAUUUGCAGGAUGACUUCUCCACCUGA